AUGUCAUUACAAUUGAAACCAUUGACAAUUGAUUCCACGGACAAACAUCUAGACUCUAAACAAAAGAAAUUCCAGAGUAGUAUUAGUAGGGCCUUGGAACGUUUCGACACGGUAACAGAAUGGGCCGAUUACAUUGCCAGCCUUGGUGCCCUUUUAAAAGCAUUACAGAGUUGGAAACCUCAGUUUCAAAACGUGAAAUAUUAUGUUCCAACACCUUACCAAGUUAAUAGGAGAUUGACAUCCUCGUUAUCCCCAAACCUACCAGCAGGGGUACAUCAAAAAACUCUGGAGGUAUACACAUAUAUAUUCGAGAAUAUAGGUAUUGAAAUGCUGGCCGCAGAAGCUAAUAUAUGGAUUCCUGGUAUUCUACCUUUAAUGUCGUUUGCAUCUAUGUCCGUCAAAUCACAUCUGAUAGAUCUAUACGAUACGUAUCUAGUUCAAUUACCUGCGCCAACUUUGAGAAUGCUCGUCAAACCGUUGAUCGCCUCAUUACUUCCAGGUAUCGAUGAUGAAAGUAGUGAAUUUUUACCAGUUACCCUUAACUUGAUAGAGACGAUGAAAGAAAAUAUGGCUGAUGAUUCAUUAUUUUGGCAGACUUGCUUCCUUGUAAUUGCAACCAGUAAAGAUCGCAGACUAGGAGGAUUAGUUUGGUUAAUGAAAAAAUUUCCAUCUGUGAAUGCUGUUCCACAUUUGAUUAAAAAUAAGAAAAAGGAGGACGAUAUCAUUCCUAAUAACAGUAGUGGAAAUACCAGUAUCGAUAAAGCCAUAGAGAAAAAAAAAUUGAAAGAGCAAGUUUUACAAACACUACUGCCAGCUGCAAAGGAUUUGGUAACACCAGAACCUGGACUUCUGGUUCGCUGUUUUUUCCGCUGUUUAGAUAAUGAUAAUGACAUUUUAAUCAAAAGAAAUAUUCUCGAUCUUUUAUUGCAGAGAAUGCAUUUGAAUUCCCCUGUUAUUACUAAUUUAAUUUCCAACGAAGAUAGAAAACUACUAAUAUUUAAAUGCUGUACUACAACUUUGAAUAAAGAUAUGUCACUUAAUAGAAGAAUAUGGAAUUGGCUUUUAGGAUCUACUUCGAUAUCUCAAAGUAAUGAUUCAUCCAGCUCCCUAGAUGGGAAUCCACAACCGAACCAAAAAAUAAAUACUAAUGAAUAUUUUAUAAAUUACGGAUUAGAGCCAUUAUUAGAUAGUCUAAAAGACCACAUUUCCACGAAAGAAGAUUUAGUUAUCACAUUUAGGAUAUGUAUAACCUUUCUAGAUAAAUGGGAAAUUGGAUCUUUAAUAGUUCCUGAAAUGUUUAUUCUUUUACUAUCUGCGACCCAGAAAUUUGCAGAUGACGAGAAUGUAAUCAGAACUGCUGCCUCAUUUUUUGAUGCUGUUGAGACUAACAUAAUUUGGGGUAAGAUCUUUCAGUACACAAAAGAGGAAAAAAACUUCGACUUUUUGAAAUUCAUCCUGACAAAUUUCAAUAUUGCCAAUGACGAAGAAAUUAUUGUUCGUCACCUACCGUUGAUGAUGUUGUCUCUAUUAUCUUAUGUUAAUAUAAAAACGAUGAUAUCUGACUCACAAACUAAACAAGUUUUUGAGAUAUUAAAUCAAUUAUUGGAGUUUACACCGGAAAGAGCAUUUCUGCCUGUAUCACAUUCAACAAUUAUAUACGACGAAUCUUCGACGCCAAAAUAUAGUAUAAACAAAAUUGAAAUUUUUUACGAAGACGUCUUAAACCCAGAGCAAUCAGAUUCAGAUAUAUCGGGUAUAGAUUCGGAUUUACCAUUUUCAACAGAAGAUAUAACAUACUUAUGUCUACGCAAUUUGCACUCCAUUGUAAUACACAGUUUGAAAACCAAUGAACGAAUUAAUGAGAUAGCCGAAUUUUUUGUGAAAUUAUUUGAGGUAAUACCAGAACAAGCUGAAAAUUCACACAAUGACAAACUUGAAGUUCAAAAUGAAGAACUUACACAAACUCUUUCGGAGGUUACGAUUUCUAUUUCAGCUCAAGAAGAUACAAACGAAAUUUUAGGAAUCGUGAAUUUGUAUAGCAAGUAUCUUGGAAACAGAAUCAAUAUUAUGGAAUCAAUAAAGCUUUUGAAUUUGAUUAUUCAUUCACUUUGGGGGUAUAUGGUUAUUUCUUUCAAACAACAGAUCGCAAUUAAAUGUUUAAAGUCAUUUGAACGAACAAUUCCUAGGAAGUACGUUGCUAGUGCCCUAGCAUCUGCCUUUAUUCACGAAAAUGACUUUACAAAUAAAUUAAAUGUCGUAGAUCUAUUGUGGGAUCAAUUAGAUGCUCAUAAUGAACUUUUAGAUAAGCCUCUAGAGUUGAUAUUGGAUGAGUUGUUUGAUAGACAAAAUCCAAAUUAUCUCUCUGUUUCUAAAUGGGUAGUAUCUUUAUUGAAUGCAGGAUCCAGUAACCAAUUAUACCAAAUGCUGACGAGUGAAAUACUGAAAUUUAGUUUUAUCAAUAAGGACUCUCUAGAUCAAUUCGAUGACUUAGAAAUGUUCACAUAUAAAAUAAGAAUUUUAUCUGCUGUAUUGAAUAUCAGUGAAUGUUCUAUCAUUGAGAACUUUAGUACCGAGAUGACUUCAAUAAGCUCUGUGGAGGCCUGGAAAAAUGAUGACAUAUCUACAUACAAGAAUUUAAUGGUAGCGAUAUCAUUAAGGUUUUUAAAUCUGCAGAAUAAUACAGAUACCAAGAGUAUAAGAAGUAUUUUGAUAUUAUUAGAUUUACUCUUAGAUGGAACAGAAUCUAAUUUCAAAGAUAUUGUUGUGAUGUCGUUACAGAUGUCGUCAAAAUAUAUAUCUGAAGGAGGUGUAGAUUCAGAAUUAAUUGCUGUGUCGUUAUUAGAUAUAGUUUCAAAGGUCUUGAAAUUAUCACAUGAUAAUGGUAUAAAGUUGGAUAUAUUUGACGACAACUCCACCCAUUUGAAAUAUAUUGAUUUCCUAGUAACUAGUUUAUCUUCGAUGAAUACUCCGCUAAUUAUCUCAUCAUAUGUUAAAAUACUAACUGAAAGUCUGGUGUAUUUUGGUGAAUCAAUUUUCCAUGUACUUCUACCUUUAACUGCGUCUAUUAUCCAGUGUUUGGCUAGGUUAUUUGCCUUAGAAAAAGAAAAAGGCGGAUAUUACAAACCAAUUGCUCUAUUACUUGAAGGUUUAGAAAAUUUAUUAGAAACAGCACAUGGUUAUUUAUAUUCCCAAGAUAAAAAUGGAUUGUCUUCUGGAGGUACUAAUCAAAGAAGUGACUUUUUGCAAUCAGUUGUUUCUAAUGUCUUUUAUACAGAGAAUACAGAAGACACUGUUAGAAGUCAGGGUGAGCGAAAUGUUGUAUUGCAGACGUUUAAGCAAAUAUCACUGUGCUGUACGGAAGUGUGGUUUUGGGCUCAUAAUCUAUCUAUUGAUAGAGCACUGUCAACAAAGUACCAUAGCUCCUAUAAAUUUAAAUUCAAAACUAAAAAAUUGCUCGAAAAAAUGUUUUUCCUAGAACCAUUAGAGACAUUAGAGAAUUUGGUUGCACAUGAAGAUAAAGAUGUAAUAACUCUAAUCCAUGUUUUGGAUGGAAACAAACCUUCUUUGACAAUUCCAUAUUUGCUAUACAGCGUGAUAUUGAGAUUUGACAUUCAUACCACAAUUAAGUUUUCCUUCAAUUCUGGAAAAUUUAACACCUCUAGAAUUUCAAAAAACGAACCGUCAUUACUUAAUAAAUUAGAUAGUUCGACUAUUAUGAAGUUCAUUAUUCAAUACACAGUUUCUUUGGAAAAUUCAGCCAUUGAAGAAUUUUAUGAUGACUUUAUUACAUUUUUUAAAGAAGUCUCCACUAAUUAUACGUUAUUUAAGAGCAUAUACUUGGAGAUAAUUGAUUUUGUCGGUACAGUUGCUACAAAAUUAGCACUAUCACAGGUUGCUGAUCAAAAAAGAUACCGUAAGGAAGUUUCAGAUUUAUUCAUGAGGUAUAUUCCAAAUAUAUUAGUAGAUACAACCCCAUAUGAUAAAGAAAUAGAGAAAAAUAUAUACACCAGCAUGUCAACCUUGGUAACUAAUACGGAAAGUGUGGUGAAUGAUCCAAUUGGAGGAGAUAAAUUUAAUGCUGUGGUAUCAACCAUUGUUUCUCAAUACUUGUCACCUAAAUUUAAAUCCAAGGAACUUUUGGUAGAUGAAAAUAUUUUAUCUCUAGCUUUGAAGGUCACAGAAGUGGGCUCAAAAGUUAAAAACUGGAAACUAUUGAUGGAUGAAACCUUUGUAGAUGAUAAGAAAUUCCUUUCGUUUGGUAAAAAUGUUACCUGGAGAGAUAUUAUAUAUCAAUGGUCAACAUAUCCAGAGAACAAGACCAAAUUAUUAAGUGAAUUAUUACUUGUCACAGGGAGCAAGAAAACUGGAAUGACACCUUCUUUAAUCCCUUUUAACUCGUGGUCAAACUCUGAGACGAAUGCUAGAAGUCAAAACUUAAAAAAAAUUUCUUAUUUAUUGUUAAUCUCACCAAAGGAUACGUAUUUGGUAGAUUUCCAAUCUCUAUUUUCUUGUGUUCAUCAAUAUUUAGUAUCCGAUGAGAAUCAAUUGAAAAGUAACAGUUGGAUAUUAUUAAGAGCUUUAUUUUUAACUUUUAAUACUUCUCACUUCAACGAAUAUUGGUCUAAAAUAGCAUAUUGUCUACAAGUCAACCUUCAACGUUUUUAUGAAUACCUACAAAUUCAAAAGGAAAUAGAUUCAAACGAAGUGUUACAAAUUUGCAAAACACUUGAUUUAUUGUUAUCGUUAGGUUUAGAAGGAUUUAGCGCUACUAACGAAUGGAUUUUUAUAAUAGAUACUAUCAACUGUAUCCACAGAAAUGCACCUUUUGUUGCACUUGUUGAUAAAAUUGCCGAGUUCAAGGAUUUUGAAAAUUCCAGAACAGAAGAUUUCGAACUCUCCACAUCAGGUACACUACGAAUUCCUUUAUUAAUGGGAGUCCAUAAAAUUCAACAUUACACUCAAUUAAGAAUUUUCUUCCAUCAACUAAGUUAUGAACAUUACGAAAGUAUCUACGGCAUGAAAGGCAUGGAUAUUGAAUCAUGUAAGGACGAUAUAUUUGAUGAUAUAUUUAAUUGA